GUCAACGUCUCCGCGGUUACAACAAAAACGAAAGCUGCGCGCGUCGUUUUAAUAGUAAUCUGGCGUUCGAAAGUAGAAAGAUGACAUGAUAUUGUAGUACAAUAGUAAUUUAACUAGUUGAUUUACACGCUGACAUUUCUUUUCAAAUUCAGGUGGAAUAAUCAUGCACUCAGAUUAUAACAGUUGUUGCUGAUCUAAUUACAAUAAUGGAUGCAUUUAAGUGUUCAGACUGUCACAUGACAUUUGGAACUGUUGGACUUUUACAAAAACACAAAAGAAAGUUUUGUGUUGGAGGAAGUUUAGGUGAUCCAGAUAACUUAUUGUUAAGAAAAGGACUAUAUUCAGCAGACACACCAAGACAGAGACCAUUGUCACCAGACGACAGGCCUUUAGAGGGUAGUGCAAUAGUCAGCAAGAAGGUGAAUCAACUAAGAGCCUUUAAAGACAAGAGGGAAAAGUUACGAGAUAUUAGAAACUUGGAAGAACAAUUACUUCUGGACAAUUUAGAAGACACAGAAAGAAAGCUUGGAGAUAGUCCCAGAAGUCCAAGGAGAACAAGGAGUCGUCUCCCCUUGUCUAGACACCCUGAAGUCAGAGAUCUUCAGAUAGAGUAUGAAAGACUUAAAGAUCAAGAAGACAGAACAGUAGGCUAUGGAGGUCCUCUUCCACCCCCAGUCCGGGAGGUGGAAAACAUAUCUCCUAUGUCUGAUACAAGCAUGAGUAUACAUUUACCUGGUGAGGACUAUCCACAUUAUAAUCCAAACCAAGAAGCUCAGCUUCGACAGUUAGCAGAGAACCAUGGCAGACAGAUGGAAUAUUUACAGAUCAAAAAUAGAGAUCUGGAAAAACAGAGAGAAGAUAUACGGAGACGGUUAGAACAACUUGGUCAAAGAGUGCCAGGAAAAGACAAUUCUGCAGAUCUACUAGCAGAACUUCGAGCUCAGGAGGAAAGGAACCAAAAGUCUCUAAAUGAUCUCAGAAGGCAGUUAUUUGAAAUGGGGCAAAAACGGGUUAAUGUUAUCAAGUUUGACAUUUUAGAAGAAAAUAUUGAAAGAUCAAGAAAAUUAUUAGAGAUAUUCCAAGAAAAACUUUUUAAUGAUCCAGAAUUUGACUGUUUGGUGUCACUUCAUCCUAAAGUAGAUCAGUCAAUACAACUGAAUGAAGAUUCCCUAAUGAGUGUACACAUUGUAAGGAGUUUGACCCCUAACAACCAAUCAAAAGACAAUAUUUCAGUUUCUUCUGAUUCUGAUAAAAGGAGAAGCUGUUCACAUUGCUCUCAACCAUCUUCUCCUCACACCAUGUCAGAAGACAUGCAUAGACAUCUCUCAGAAUUCAAAAAUAAACUGAAUGACCUGUCACAAAAUAUAACACACCAUCGUUAUACAAGAUAUAGAGAAGUAGAAAAGCCUAUGAAUUAUCCUCAGCCAAUUAUACAGCAGACUCUUCCCCCUCCACCCCCUCAAGAAAAGGAGAGGAAAUCAUAUAUCUAUCCUGUUUAUUAUGGAAGUUCAUUAGUAGCAGAAAUCAGUGCCAUGAGACAAGCUUACCUUCAGAAUGGAGGGAAUGAGAGGGAUGUUCUAGAUCAAUUGUCACAGAUGCAGGCCGAGGCUCAGAGAAUCGAGGACGAGAUGAAGAAUUCAACUUAUGAUAACAGACAUAGAGAGAAGAAACCUGAUUUAUCGGGGAAGAUGAAUAUGAUUGAGAUGGAGAACGACAGACUACAUAAAGAACUUAUGUUAUUACAAGAACAGAACUUUUUAUCUCAAAAUAAAAGGAAAUCUGACAGAGAAGAUGAGUUGGAGAGAGAACUUCAGAGAUUGAGAGAAGAACAAUUAAGGAAGAUGUUAGAAUUACAGAAUGAGAUAGCUUUACUAAAACAAAGAGCUCUAUGGGAACGAAGACCAGAGCCCUUACCAGCCCCACCCCCUCAGCCGAAAAAUGCAGAAAUGCCUUGGCUGUUACAGAGACCCUAUGUUGAUGUGGAACCAAUGCAACCCUAUGACCAAUAUGCUGGUUUUAUGAUAUUUUACGACUUUGUACUGAACUUGGACCCAAGAACCACAGCAUGUCGUUUGAUAGUGGGCCUGCAUGGUACAGGACAGUCCAUAGGAGAACCUACAGUCCUCCCAACUGUUUACACAGAACCUGCCACUAGAGCAGUGGGCACUUCAGGAGGUGCUAAUGCUGUAAUAGGAGCUAGGCAACCUGUUCCCAAGUGUCCAGCUGACUCAGAUUUAGGUGUUGUAGUAGAGUUACAGUUGUCAGGUGGUCCUGCAUCAGAGUAUGACAAACAUAGUUUGAUAACUCGUGCCUGGGUUAAAGUGCCAUUGUUUGAUAAUGAUGCAAAACUUAUAGCAGGAAAAUUCAGGAUUCCAUUUAGAAAUGUACCAAUCAAACCAUUCCUUCAUGCCAGUGAACUACAGAAAUUAGAAAAGUUUGACGAUGCUGAGUUAUAUUAUCGUAUCGUCAACAUGAGAGAUUCUGAAGUUCAGUCACUAUUGAAUAUAUCUGCCUCUAAUCAUCAACAAUAUAACCAACCUACUAUUCCAUCGUUGUAUAAAUCACCAACACCGGUACAAAACCCUCCUCCCCCUCCUAGUAUUGGAUCUAGAAUGUCCAGCCGAGAACUGCGCUUACCUUCUAUAACCCCAACGGGGGCACCUUUGCUCCCCAGGGAUACAACAAUAGGAUUCCAGGUUGACAGAGUGAAGAAGGCAGAGUUUGGGGAGGGGAAAGUUAGAGUUACAGCAUAUUAUGCUUCCACUGGAAAGGUUGUACAAUCAUCCACUAGUCCUGUUACAUGUAGUACUACAGCUGUUAAAUCAAACUUUAAAUAUGGCUUCCAUGUCUUUGGACAGCAGGAAGCUACCUUUAAUAAUGUAGAUAUGCAGGGGGAUAUGAUUUUAAUUGCACGUUUUUAUUUACGUAAACGACAAGAUAUUGUUACAGAUGAUAUUAUUUUACAUGAUCAACAACAUGAUGCCACACUUUAUGAUGAGGAAACACUUGUUGCUUGGACUGCAGUUCCUUUAGUGAUGUCUACAGAAGAUUUGUCUUUGAGGACCAGAAGGAAUUUCAAUCCCAAUACAAUGAACAUAAACACAGGAACUCACACCCUCAAAUUAUUCUACCCACCAGUACCUGACAGUACUCAGAUACCAUUUGACAAUAGACCUUACAAAAGUGAUUGGACCCGGUAUGGCAAAGCAUCUCUCAGACUCCACAUUUUCCAAGGUCAGCCACGCCCAGGUUCAUUGACCCCAAGUGAGGAGUCAGCAGAAGAUGGAGAGGAAGUUUUACCUGAGUUUGCCUGGUUACCAUUAGACAGAAAGACACCACCCAAAGAACCAUUUUUAAUUGGAGAUGGAUUUGAUUUAUAUAUAGAUGGAUGUAGAUUUCUUCCAGAUUCUGUCACUUUUUCAAAAGUUGCUGGACGAGUUUUGGACAGGAAAUAUGGUGUAUUUGGUAAAGAUAUAAACACAACAGUAAAACUGGACAGUGAUAUAUACAAUCCUGUUUACGAAAACAAAAUAGAGUUCAGAGAAUCAAACAUUCCACCAUCAGCUACACUCUUAUUGAAAAUUUAUACGUUGGACAAUUUUUACAAGUCCUUAUCAGUAGUAGGAUAUGCCACAUUGAAUAUAUUUGUUGAAUCUGGUACAGAAAGACAACCAACAGUUGACCAACCAGGACUUCAGAUAUCACUAAAUGAAGGAGCACAUCAGUUAAGGCUAUAUAGUCAGGGACCAAAUGGUGUUGAUCCACUCUCAGAAAGUAGUCUCAGGGAUGCUAAUAUUAGAAUUGUACCAUGUGCCUCAGCUCUAGUCAGACUAACAAGAGUACCCAAAGGUUCUACAGGGAAAGCUUUAGAGCAAAGUAAAGUACCAGAGACAGAUUGGUUAAGACUUGGACUCCACAUUCCCAGACCUAGGUACACUGACCGUAUUUACUAUUCAUCUAAAUGUUUACCUACAAAAGGAGAGAGCCGCUUGUUCCACUCAAUGAUGAAAAGACCAUCAAUGCCCAUGAGAGAGGCUGUUGCUAAACUGGCCAAAGCUAAAGAAAGUUUCUAUAGGAGUGAUAAAAAUAUUGAGGAAUACAUCAGGAACAAGCUUACGAAAGGCCAGGACAAUAAAGCUAUAGACCAGGAUCUGACUUACAUCUGUCAGUAUAAUCCAAAGAGUGGCGUUAAAAUUGCAGUAGACAGUGCUUUAAAUCUACCAUGGACAAAUUUUACACAUGCACACAUCUGUCUUAAUCCACCAGGAGCGUUCUAUAUGGGAGCACCGCAUGCAGCCUAUGAUAAACUAACAUUUACAGAGUUAUUGGACCUGAAGAGUACCAACACAUCACCUACAUGGAAAGAUGGCUUCAAGCAUUUUCCAAGAAGAUCUUUCCAUAGAUUCCUUUGUGCCAUUAUACAUCUACAAGAAGUUCAAGUUACCAUAGCAAGAGAAAACUACAAAUAUGGUUUGCUGGAACAGGCAUGGACAGCAGUCCAGUUAUUUGUAGAUAAAUAUGCCUACACCACGACCUUCCAACUACCUCUGUUCCAAGGAGCACCAACUCCUCAAAUGUUGAAACAAUUAGCUAGAGAGCCAUGUAGGGACUGGAUGGAGAGAAAUAUUAGGAAUAAUACUAUUUAUCUACUAGAGGGAGCCUCUGUAUUUGUGAGGGCAUCAGAUGGCAGAAGAGAUGAUGAACUGGCUGGUAAUGUGGCUGUCAGUAAACUGGUUGAAGUAAAUACAGAUUAUAUUCCUGCCCAACUUGAGGCUGAUUAUACCAGAGAAAGACCAGGCAAGGUGUUAGAGUCACUUGUUCCACCAGGCAAAGCACCAGAUCAGUUUAAUGACAGUCUAGCUAUUAAGUUUAAAAAUUUGGUGUACAAAUUAUAUGAAGAUGAUAAAGUCAACAAGUGAGAUUUACCAAAGAUCAAUAUACACCAAUGGUCUUCCAUGACAGACAAAUUUACCAUAGAUCAACAUAUACCAAUGGGCUUCCAUGAUAGGCAAAUCACCAUAGAUCAACAUACUUCUAUGACAGUUCUACAUACUGUAGAAACAUUAAUUAUCGUGGGGUCAAAAUUUUGUGGUUUUGUCUCUAUAUAAGAUUUCAUGGGGAUUUAAUUUCGUGGUUUCCAGCAAAUGGAAGUGAUAUUAUGUUUAGGUUAAAUAUUCGUGGGGGUUUUAUUUUCGUGGGUAUAUUUUUUCCACGAAAUAAACGAAAUUAAAUCCUCCACGAAAAUUUCUGCUUUUACAGUAUAUAACUAGAAAUCUUCCACAAAUCCUCUGUAGAUUAUUUACAAAGCAGAAUGACAAUUUAUACUUAUAUAAAUAAAAAAGGUUGGUAUGGUCACCAUUACUAAGCUUAGUAUG